AAGAGAAGGGGGGGGUCUCAGCCGCCGGAGGAGGAGUAGGUUCGGGUGAAGAUGGCGGCAGCCGAGGCCGCGAACUGCAUCAUGGAGAAUUUUGUAGCCACCUUGGCUAAUGGGAUGAGCCUCCAGCCGCCUCUUGAAGAAGUGUCCUGUGGCCAGGCGGAAAGCAGCGAGAAGCCCAACGCAGAGGACAUGACGUCCAAAGACUACUACUUUGAUUCCUAUGCCCACUUCGGCAUCCACGAGGAGAUGCUGAAGGACGAGGUUCGCACCCUCACCUACCGCAACUCCAUGUUUCACAACCGGCACCUGUUCAAAGACAAGGUGGUGCUAGAUGUGGGCUCGGGCACAGGGAUCCUCUGCAUGUUUGCCGCCAAGGCUGGGGCACGGAAGGUCAUCGGGAUCGAAUGUUCCAGUAUCUCUGAUUACGCCGUGAAGAUCGUCAAAGCCAACAAGUUAGACCACGUGGUGACCAUCAUCAAAGGCAAGGUGGAGGAGGUGGAGCUGCCCGUAGAGAAGGUGGAUAUCAUCAUUAGCGAGUGGAUGGGUUACUGUCUCUUCUAUGAAUCCAUGCUCAACACCGUGCUGUACGCCCGAGACAAGUGGCUGGCGCCUGAUGGUCUCAUCUUCCCAGACCGGGCCACCCUGUACGUGACGGCCAUUGAGGACCGGCAGUACAAAGACUACAAAAUCCACUGGUGGGAGAACGUGUACGGCUUCGACAUGUCCUGCAUCAAAGAUGUGGCCAUCAAGGAGCCCCUGGUAGACGUCGUGGACCCGAAGCAGCUGGUCACCAAUGCCUGCCUCAUAAAGGAGGUGGACAUCUACACGGUCAAGGUGGAAGACCUCACCUUCACCUCACCUUUCUGCCUGCAAGUGAAACGCAACGACUACGUGCAUGCACUGGUGGCCUACUUCAACAUUGAGUUUACCCGCUGCCACAAGAGGACCGGCUUCUCCACCAGCCCCGAGUCCCCGUACACGCACUGGAAGCAGACAGUCUUUUACAUGGAGGAUUACCUGACCGUGAAGACAGGCGAGGAGAUCUUCGGCACCAUCGGAAUGCGGCCCAACGCCAAGAACAACCGCGACCUGGACUUCACCAUCGACCUGGAUUUCAAGGGCCAGCUGUGUGAGCUGUCCUGCUCCACGGACUACCGGAUGCGCUGAGCCGGAACCCACCUGCCCACCUUCUCCACCGCCCUGCCCACUAGGGACCCCACGGGGGUCCAGGGGCGUCCACGGGGGGAGAGGGGGCACCCUAGGUGGUGUCCCCUUUUCCUCUCCCUCCCACAGAAGGGGGAUCUUAGGGGCCUGGGAUGGGGGGAUGGGGAGGGCACAUCGUGACUGUGUUUUUUCAUAACUUAUGUUUUUAUAUGGUUGCAUUUACGCCAAUAAAUCCUCAGCUGUGGCC